GUUGACAUAGAAAUAUACAUAGUCAUGAUUAUACCUUGUCACUGGGACCACAAGACUUUGCCAUACAAACCAGACAAGCCUAGUCUUAUUUUUUAUCUCAUUCCUGAUGAUCCGGUACCACGUGUGUUUCUCCCAAAUGCUCGCGGAGAGUACUACAACUUAGUUCCUGGGCUACCAUACAUGGAACAUUCUGAAUUCGAGCCAGUGUAUUUGCUGGAGUGUGCUCCACCUCCGUUAGUGAUAGAUGCAGCUACACAAACGUAUAUGUAAGGCUCUGCAUAUAUUUUUAAAAUGUCUUUUCUGAUUAAAGUACAACACGGUUGAGAUCUUUAUCGACUUUCCCUCGAUGAUGUCUUCUUUAUCUGUAAAGAUAAAAGAUAUCGGGCCCUCGGAAAUUGUGUAUGAUUACUGAAGUUAAUUUGGAAA